GUAUACAGUAUAUACCACAACGUAUAGAUAUAGAUUAUAGAUAUAGAGGGAGAAGAAAGUAGAUUGAGAGGAGAGAAUGGAUAAGGUACAGUGUCUCUGCUAACCUGCCACUGUUGAAGAGACGCCAUGGCUAGUCUAGCUCGCACCUUACCCUUCAAUCCCCUCUUUCCCUCCAGACCUAGAGCACAGCCACUUUCUCUCUCCUCAUUUGAUUCAAAUCUCUUCGGCCUCCACCUAUACAACCCUAAUCUCGUCAAUUCCAACUCCCUCAUCCAUGCGGCCUACUCCUCCUCCGCCCAUCACGGCUCCAUCUCCGCCCGCUACGGCGGAGGCUCUUCACGGUUCGGCGGCGGCGACUAUAGGCGGUCUAGAGACGCUCGGCAGAGCAGCAACGAAGAUGAUCAAGCUCUCGAUAUAUCCACCAUCAAGUCAGCUACUGUGAGACUCAUCGAUGAACGUCAGAAUAUGGUUGGAGUGGUUUCUAAAAGCGAGGCUGUUAAAAUGGCUGAAGAUGCUGAACUUGACCUGGUAAUAUUAUCACCAGAUGCAGAUCCUCCAGUUGUCAGACUAAUGGAUUACAACAAAUAUAAAUAUGAACUGCAAAAGAAGAAAAGAGAACAGCAGAAGAAAAGCUCUGCAAAUCGGAUGGAUUUGAAGGAGCUUAAGAUGGGUUACAAUAUUGAUGUGCACGAUUAUACUGUGCGUCUGAAAGCUGCAAAGAAGUUUUUGAAAGAUGGCGACAAGGUUAAGGUUAUAGUGAACUUGAAGGGCCGUGAAAAUGAGUUCAGGAAUAAUGCAAUAGAGCUUCUCAUGCGUUUCCGGACUGAUGUUGGGGAGCUUGCAACCGAGGAGGCCAAGAACUUAAGAGACAGGAACAUGUUUAUAGUUUUGAUUCCAAAUAAGGUGGUUGCACAGAAAGCUCAAGAAUCACUAAAGAAAAAGGAAAAGUCAGCAGUGAAUGAAGUCUCAGCUGGUGUUUGAGUGUGCCGAAAACUUUAUGAUGGUUUUCAAGGUAGAACAUUCCGCAGACGAUCUUUGCUUGAAAAUUUUCUCCUAGACCAGAGAUCUCGCAAUCUUGUAUAGCAUUAGUUAAUAUAACCUGGACAAGUAAUUUGUUUUUGCUCUUGUUAAAACAAGUAGGUUUCUGGUUAAUUGUAAUAGUGUCUGAUAGGAGCAUAUGGUGCUUCUUCUGACUGCAGAUAUGAUCAAUUCACAUGUUUGUUAAUUAGUUUCUCAA